GUGCGCCCUGCGCAACGUGAUUGACAGGGCAACGGUCCGGUGCGUUACCUAAACUCCUCGCUCGGAAAACAGUGACCCGACCCUUCCGGAAGCUCAGGGUCCGCUCUUCCCAGCAUCCUUUGCCUUCCGGCUAUGCUCAGUUCCCUCCGGCCAGUCCCUCCUUGCGCGCCCAUUUCGAGCCCGAAUGUCAGACUCGACUUUGGGGACCUGAGAAUCCAGCACAUAUUUUCCAGGACUAGAUUCUUGGCUAUGCGGGCAGGAAUGGCGCAGCUGGAGGGUUACUAUUUCUCGGCAGCCCUGAGCUGUACCUUUUUAGUGUCCUGCCUCCUUUUCUCUGCUUUCAGUCGGGCGCUGCGAGAGCCCUACAUGGACGAGAUCUUCCACCUGCCGCAGGCACAGCGCUACUGUGAGGGCCAUUUCUCCCUCUCGCAGUGGGACCCCAUGAUUACUACAUUACCUGGCUUAUACCUGCUGUCAGUUGGAGUGGUCAAACCUGCCAGUUGGAUCUUCGGAUGGUCAGAACACGUUGUCUGCUCCAUUGGAAUGCUCAGAUUUGUUAAUCUUCUCUUCAGUGUUGGCAACUUCUAUUUACUAUAUUUGCUUCUCCACAAGGUGCAACCCAGGCACAAGGCUGCCUCAAGUAUCCAGAGAAUCUUGUCAACAUUAACAUUAGCAGUAUUUCCCACACUCUAUUUUUUUAACUUCCUUUAUUAUACAGAAGCAGGAUCCAUGUUUUUUACUCUUUUUGCCUACUUGAUGUGUCUUUAUGGAAAUCAUAAAACUUCAGCCUUGCUUGGAUUUUGUGGCUUCAUGUUUCGUCAAACAAAUAUCAUCUGGGCUAUCUUCUGCGCAGGAAACGUCAUUGCACAAAAGUUGACUGAAGCUUGGAAAACCGAGCUACAAAAGAAGAAAGAAGAGAAGCUUCCCUCUAUUAAAGGACCAUUUUCAGAAUUCAGGAAAAUUCUUCAGUUCCUUUUGGCUUAUUCCAUGUCCUUUAAGAACUUGAGUAUGCUUUUCCUUUUGACUUGGCCCUACAUCCUUCUAAUGUUUCUGUUUUGUGCUUUUGUGGUAGUUAAUGGUGGAAUUGUUAUUGGUGACCGGAGUAGUCAUGAAGCCUGCCUACACUUUCCUCAGCUAUUCUACUUUUUCUCUUUUACUCUCUUUUUUUCCUUUCCUCACCUACUGUCUCUUAAGAAAAUCAGGUCUUUUCUUUGCUUAGUUUGGAAACGGAGAAUUCAGUUUUUUGUGAUUACUUUAGUCUCCAUAUUUUUAGUUUGGAAAUUUACUUAUGCUCAUAAAUACUUGCUAGCAGAUAAUAGACAUUAUACAUUCUAUGUGUGGAAAAGAGUUUUUCAAAGAUAUGAAAUUGUGAAAUAUUUGUUAGUUCCAGUUUAUAUAUUUGCCGGUUGGAGUAUCGCUGACUCAUUGAAAUCAAAGUCGAUAUUCUGGAAUUUAAUGUUUUUCAUAUGCUUAUUCACCGUUAUAGUACCUCAGAAACUGCUAGAAUUUCGUUACUUCAUUUUACCCUAUGUUAUUUAUAGGCUUAACAUACCUCUGCCACCUACAUCCAGACUUGUUUGUGAGCUGGGUUGCUAUGCAGUUGUGAAUUUCCUAACUUUUUAUAUCUUUCUGAAUAAAACUUUUCAGUGGCCAAAUAGUCAGGACAUUCAGAGGUUUAUGUGGUAAUAUCAGAAACAUGUUGAACUCUAAAAAUAGACUUAUUAUUUAGACUAUUUCCAUAAUGAAAACUACGUAGAAAUUUUUAAAUUUCUUUUAGGCACCAUGGUGAUCCGCAGAUCACAUCAGAUUUUUUGUGCUUUAAAUAUCAGAAAUAUGUAUUUUAAAUAUAUAUAUGUGAAAUAUGUAUAUAUAUAUACAUAUAUAUAUAUAUAUAUGUAUAUUUAUCUAUCUAUCUAUCUAUGACCCAAGGAAGUUAAAUGGUAAAGAACUGAGAAAAGUUUAAGACUUGCUCCAUAAGCCUGAAUAAUGAUGGGAAAGUAAAAUUAUUCAUAGCUAUCUCAUGAUAUUUCUUUGAUACUGUUGGCCACUCAAAAAGCUUGGAAACUUUUUUGUAUACAAGUUUAUUUAUUAAUUCUCUUCAGAAAAAGUAGCAAAGUCUUUGAAAAAUAUUUACAAAUGAUUAGGUAAUAUUAUUGAUUGAAAAGUUGUUUAGCAUUUUAGUAAAUAUAAUUUCAAUCAUAAGGUAAAAUAGACUCACAUAGAUAGUAAAUGUUGUAAAAUAGAGGCUUUUCUGUGUUUAUCUAGGAAUCAAAUUGUUGAUUUUUAUUAAAAAUCUAGAAAUGAUGAAGUCCUUUCACCGUUCCUAAUAUGAAAUAUAUCAUGAGCAAAGAUAAAUUGUAUUGAUAAUAAUACCUUUUAAAAGGGCUUUUCUUUCUGAAAUACACUACUUUAUCAGUUUCCUUUGGCUGCCGUAACAAAUUACCACAAGUUUGGUGGCUUAAAAAAAAUUUCAGAAUUCUGGAGGCUGGAAGCCUAAAAUUAAGAUGUCAGCAGUGUUGGUUGCUUUUGGAGGCUGUAAAAGAGAAUCCAUUCCAUGCUUCUCUCCUACCUUCUGCAGUCCAUGGUGUUCCUUGGUUUAUAGAUGUAUCACUCCAGUAUCUGCCUUUGUCUUCACAUGGCCUUCCUCCCAUCUUCUUUCUCUUACAAGGACAAUGUCUGUGGAUUUAGGGCCCACCCUAAUCCAGGAUAAUUGUGUGUUCAGAUCUUUAACUUAAUUAUGUCUACAAAGACUCUUUUUCCAUAUAAGGUCAUAUUUACAGGUUCCAAGUUGACCUAUCUUUUUGUGGGGCACUUUUUAACCCACCAAAGUUACCAAAGGAGAUUUUACAAUAAAUUUCAUAAAACUUGUAGGAAAUAAAUUUUUGAUGAGAUAUUUUAAAUAAAAUUGCAUCUUUUCAGAGAGGUUAAAAACAAGUGACUUGCAGGGUCACAUAAUUAUAAAACUAAAAGUAACUGGUAUUUGAUUCCAUUAUCCAAAAAACGUUAGAAUUUAAAGGAAGUUUAGAAAUUAUUUGAUCUAGUCUUAUUUUGUAGAUUAGGGAACAAAUGCUUGGGUAGGAUUUGGUGGGAUUAAUUUUGGAUUCUGUGUCUGCUAUUUGGAGUACAUUCAUUGGGUUGUCAUUCCCUAAUAGAGAAGUAUUAUUUGGAUAUGCUAACAUUGACAUGUAAACUUAGAACUGUAACUAGAAUUCAUUUUUUAAUCCAGUUUUACAUUUGUAAACUUUUCAAUAACUGUGUGAACUGUCUUAAGUGUUGGAUUAUGCUUUCUCUGGGUUUUAAAUAAUGAGUGGAUUUGGAAGGUACUGUUCAUUUGCAAUAUAAAAUUAUGCACAGGUAAAAAUACAAGUGUAGUCUUGAGUAAUAAAUGCAAAGUCUGGUUUUACACACUCUUUGGGGCCAAGCUGUACUCUAUUUAGUGCUUAGAAAGUAGAUUGACUCUUUAGUUAUAACAGUGACUGUAGGACAAAUGUUUUUACCGAAACUUUUCUUUAAUUAGACAAGAAAGCACACUCAAAUAAUUAUUUUAUAAUGGAGAUAUGAAGUCAAAAUUCUCCCCCAAAUGUGCAAUUUAGGAAAAAGAAAUUUCUUAUCUGAUGCCAUUGGUGCAAGGCUUUUGUUUUUUAGGCAUAUUUCUGAGACAAAAAAAAACCUUUUUCUCUCUAGUCUGGCAAGAAGGAGGAAACUAUUCUACUCCAUGUAUUAAAGGAAUCAUUGUUCUAAUUCAUUUUUAAGUGUUGAGUCCCUGCCCUUUUAAGAGAUCUUUUGGAAUGCUGUGAAUUAAAAGGUGCUCUACAGAGCUGCUUUUAGAAACAUCCUGAAGUUAUAUGUGUUUUGACUCUUUUUCAAGAGUUACCAAAUAGAUAUGUUUGAUAUUAUUUUUUAAAAAAUUAGACUUAAUGAUUAGAAGGUAAUUCUUAAAAAAAAAAAAAAGUAUUGAUAAGCUAGAGACCCUGUGGGGCCUUGCAGUUAUUGUUAUUAAAGUCUAUAAAUGGGUUUUGGGGUUUUUUUUGUUUUUUGUUUUUUGCGGUACGCGGGCCUCUCACUGUUGUGGCCUCCCCCGUUGCGGAGCACAGGCUCCGGACGCACAGGCUCAGCGGCCAUGGCUCACGGGCCCAGCCGCUCCGCGGCAUGUGGGAUCUUCCCGGACCGGGGCAUGAACCCGUGUUCCCUGCAUCGGCAGGCGAACUCUCAACCACUGCGCCACCAGGGAAGCCCUAAAUGGGGUUAUUUUAAAGAAUAUCAUAAGAUUUGGUCCGUAAGUUUUUUAGGCCCAGUAAUACAUCUUUUUGGACUUUUUCUACCUUGUAUGAAAUUCUGUAGAUAUAGAGUAUUAUCUCUAUAUAGCAUUAGGAAGGUUCCAAUGUGUUGUGUUUCCUCACAUUUAUAUUUUCUUUUAGUGGAUACCUAGAAAUCUUUUCUAAUGCAUCUAUGUAUGUAAAUUAUUUGGAAAUAUUGAUACAGUCAUUUCUCAGUUUAAGCAUAGCAUGUCAUUUUGGCAAGAGAAAUUAUGUUAGCUUUCUGGUCUCUUCCUCCUUCUUAGAGUUAUUUCAGGAAUGUGCUUAGCCUGUCACAACGUACCUUAAUAAAAAUGGCUUAAUUCAGUUUAUUUCUAAUAAAUAAAUAAUAUAGUGUAUUUCUAGUUUGAAUUCAACCGCCACUGGGCUUGACAUUUCUUUUUCUUUAUAAUUGUUUGACGACCAGGAAAGGAAAAGAAAAGAGAUACGCAAUUUUUAUCUGUACCCUCUAAAUAGUGGACUAUUACUUUAGGCUCACUUUCAAGUAAAAUAUUUCUAUAAAGAAAUCAAUGCAAGUUCAUUAGGUUAGAGAGCAUUUAUUAUUUUAAAAAUAAUUAGAAUUUCGUUAAAAACAAGAAAGAAGCAUCAUGCAAAUAAUAUGAAUAAGUUUUAUUUAAUGGAAAUUUAAAUAUGACUUAACCAUGGACUAGAAAAAGCAUAGGAGUUCUGUAUUUGAUUGUGGUUUUGGAAUCGAUAAAGCAAGUGGUUUAACCUUUGGUCCUCCCUUCAAAUGAGAAUAGUAUUUGUCUUAAGUCAGUGCCAUCUAGCCUUAUUUCAAAAAGAACUCAACCCCUGCUGUAUAUCCAUAAAGUUCAUAAAUAUGUCAUAUAAUAAAUAUUAAGUAAAUGUAUGCUGAAUGAAGUUUUUUUAGUAUGGAAUGAAGUGAACAUCCUAGAAGAAGUAUGAUAUAUAACCAUAAACUAAUUUCAGGAAAUAAAUCACAUAUUUGAUAAUGAGACAUUCUAACCCUUUUGUGCCUAAGCUUCCUGACCUAGUUUUAAAAUUUUUAAUUUACUCUAGUGUUUAAUACUUACACAUGUAUUUACUUGAAAAUAUGUGUUGUUUUUCUAAUAGGAUGUGAUUUCAAAACUAUUGCUGUUUAUUUAAAAUAAGAAAAAUAAGUUACUAUCUACCAUUAUAAUAGCAGCAGAAUUCUUGAUCAUUAUCAAACUUUUAAGGGCAAAGAGAUUUCAACCAAUUAUGAAUAGUUUAUGUUGUUUUACUUAUGCUGAAUUUUGCUACUUUAGGGAUAACUGUUAUUUAGGGUACUUUUUAAUGUAUUUAAAUGUUGACAACAAGACAACAUUUCCAAUAUACUAAAACCUGUAUAGCUGAGAAAAUUAUAAAAAAUGGAUAAAUGGAGGAUAUAUUUGUUAACACAUAUUCCUAAAUCCAACACUAAAUUCUUUACUAUUUGGAAAUUAUUUCUAGGAUAAGAAAUUUUGUCACAGUGAAGUAAUCCAAAAUAUCCUUAUAUUGUGCUUUUAAAAAAAUGAGCAUUUGUUGAAUUUAAUAUUACUUUAAUUUGAACUCUGCACCACCAUCAGACCAAUAGAGAUACUGUAUUUUUCUGAUGAGAAAAAUAUUACACAUUGCAUUGAUUUUUCACUGAAACUUAAGUCAUUUCAGUUCAGUUGAACCAUAUAUGUGUGUGUAUGGCAUAUGCAAAAUGAAGAAGAGGGAGGAAAAGUAAUAAUGAUAAUUGCUAUUAUUUAUUGAACACCUAUAGUGUGCUAGGCAUUAUACUGGCUGAUUUACAAAUGCUGUCUCAUUUGAUCUUAUUUAUAUGAGGCAGAUGUUGAUUUCUGUUUGACUGCUGGAGAAACUAAAAGUCAAACACAUCAGGUAACUUGCAUCAGUUAACUACUUAAUAACACAGAUUGGUCUGACUUCCAAGCCUUGAGUUUUUGGCUGCUACUCUGCCUCACCAUGAAAGUUUUUCCUUAAGAGAAGUAGAAUAUGGAGAGAGAGGUGGUAAUCUGUCCUUGCUCUUCAAUAGCCAGACCAUUCAUGGCAUAUUAUUUUUUAUAUUGGAUGCAGUCAUUUUUAGAAAUGAUAGAACUGUUUAAAGGAGCAUGAACAGAUGAUGAGUGUUUAUAGUUCUGUUGAAGAGAAAUAGCUAAAAGAAUAUAUAGAUGUUUAACUUGGAAGAGCAGAGAUCCCAUAACUUUGUAAGAUCUCAUAGUUGAGGAAUAAUUCUUUGGAAGGAUUGGACUAUUCACACCUGUAAAUCAAAGGCCAACAGAUUUCAACUCAUGAAAAACAUACAUUUUCUAAUUGUUUAGUCUCUGCAGGGGAACGGGCCCAGAAAAAAAGUAAGUUUACCUAUACUUUCUGGAGCCAAGAUUCUGUUUAUCAAGGAUGCUUCAGAAGAGAUUCAGAUAGCAAGUAGGUAGAAUAAAAUGACUUUUUAAGAUACCUUACAACACUGUGGUUUGAAAUUCCUAAGUUUUUUAUGGGUAAUAUUUUCUGCAUUAAUUGCGAAGUCAUGGUGAAGUAUAUCUGGUGGCUUGUAUGGUGACUGACAUUUUAAAUUUCUGAAAAAAAAAACUACUUUUAACUCUGUUCCCUUGUUUUAGAAACAAAUUCGAGAUACAGACUUAGUAUGAGGUAUUUUAGCUAUAGUGCUGGACAGUACUGCUAUUAAAAUAAUUUAUUUUCUAUUUUGUAAUACCCGUUACAUUCGUAAAUAGAAUGUGCUUUUAUUUGAAAAGGCUUUUCGCCUUACAAAUAAGUAGGGCAAGCACCAUCUGUAAGAUUUUUUAAUGCAGUAUCCACUAGGUGGUGAUACUGUGCUACAUUUCCAGGUGUUUUUGUACUUAAACUUAUUGUCUGAGUUAACUUUUCUCUAGAGUUUUAAGUUUUGGUCCACAAAGUAUUUUAUAGCAUCCAUGUCUGUUUAUUAAAAUAUUUUUUAAAAUGUUUCCCGAAUUGUAUGAAGCUAAGGUAAAUGUUUAAAAAGUAAUUUUUGUGUUUUGUAUUCAUAUAUUUGGUGAUUUAACCUAAUAUAUCUUCCCAUAUGACAUUCUUUUCUUCAUAUGGCAUAGUCAAGAUCUCUUCCCAUAAGCAGUGAAUGAUGGUGAAGACAGAUUUGAAAACUUAUAUACAUUGUAUCAGUCACUGUUUUAAGUGCUUUACCCACAUUAUCUUGUUUAUGCCUCAUAACAACUCUGUGGAUCAGUACUGUUGUUAAUAUCCCCACUCUACACAUUAGGAAACUGAGUAGAGUUUAAGUAUUUUGUCCAAGAUCACAAAAUAACUGGCUGAGCUGGGAUUCAAACCUGGGCAAGCCGACUCCAGAAUCCAUGUUAAUUACUAUCAAUUGGUGGGGGGAUGUAGGGGACAGGAGGAAGGGCACAAAGUCUGCCUUCAAAUAUGUAGCAUUUUAGAAAGAGAAAUAAUCAUGGAGGAUGUGGUUAUACUCCUUUAUAGAUCAGGAAAAUGAAGUCUGCGUUAAUUUUGGCUCUUCCAGAGGCAGAUAAUCUUCCAUCUGCUAUUGUGUCUUCCAUUUCUCUUUUUGAUGGUGCUUCAAAGUGAUAUGUAUGUGUACUAGUGAAUUUAAUGGAGAAAAAAGAAAACAACUCAGGAUUGGCGUCUUUAGCCAUAUUAAUUUACAUUGAAGUAAAGAUCUGUGUUUUAAUCGGAAUGAUUCCAGCAACCAAAUGGGGGAGCAUAGUUGUUUGAAAAUUGAUACUUAGUUUCUCCAAGGAGACUCCUAUUUGGAAGCAAACUGUUGGUUAAACAUGGCAUACUUCGGAAUUUUUCAAAACAAUGUGACUGGAAAAGUUUGAUCUUUUAAAAAACUCUAUCAAUAUAUAUUCUAGAUGCUUUUAAGUUUUGUUUUUGUCAGAUACCAUUCUGUAAAAUGUUUUUUACUUCUAAAAUUAUGUUGUGGUUCAUGUCAUUUAAAACUGAUUUUUAAGUAAUCCUGUUCUUUAUAAGAAUGAAAGAUAGACCUUUUUAAAAAGUUUGUUCAAAUAUUAUAGUUUCAUUUUGUUUGUAAAUAAAUUCAUGUUUUAUAAUAUUUUAAAGCUUAUUAUGUCUGUUUAACACAUUCUCUUACUCUAGACUGGGUGCCAGUGGCUUUUUUCUUUCAUUCACUCUGUGCUAGUAGCCAUUUUACCCUGUCUACCACCUACCAAUUCUAUGCUUUGUAAGUCUUCUUUUUUUUUUUUUUAAAUUGUAUUGGUGUAUACUUGAUUUACCAUGUUGUGUUAGUUUCAGGUGUACAGAAAAAUGAUUCAGUUAUACAUAUAUUCAUUCUUUUUUAGAUUCUUUUCACACUUUAUAAGUCUUCUUGAAAUAAUAGCACUGAAUAAUAUUUUUAAGUAUAAUAAGUGCCCAUCAUUAACCUGGAUGACUAUCUUCAUUCUAAUAAUAGUGGAAGGCAGUUAAAUUACUGGCUGAUCAUCUUGAACAUGUGGAGGCUUGUAUUUCUUCUAGUCCAGGUCUGUAGAAAGCUCAAAGUGUUUGCGAAACACUUUUAACUUGGCAGGACUGAAAUCCCAAAUUUUGAUCCCUUCUGUUAAGGAGAAGAGAUCCCUGCUCUGUUUUCAGACUUCCAGCUCUUGCUUUCCACUGGGCUUCUUGGAGUUUCCGCUGCUUAUAUGCAUCUCAGAGAUCAGCUGAGGACUUACACACAGAUUUGGGAGUUUCUCCUCUUUGACUCCCUCCUUCUUGGGAUUUCCCUUCUUAAUUUAUAACUACUCUAACAGCCCUAAACUGCAUUCUCUCACACCUCAAAUCAAUGAUAUUGCAGUUUUCUGACUAGGGUGUGUCCUCAGGGGAAAAGUCAUUAUAAAUGUGGAUAGCACCCAGUGAGAUCUUUCAGUGAUUAAAUCCUGUCCAGUUCUUGACUCCUUUUGUUUGUUCUUCAGGGCCUUUAAAUAGACUUUUUUUUUUUUUUUUUUUUUUGUGGUAUGCGGGCCUCUCACUGUCGCGGCCCCUCCCGUUGCGGAGCACAGGCUCCGGACGCGCAGGCUCAGCGGCCAUGGCCCACAGGCCCAGGCGCUCCGCAGCAUGUGGGAUCCUCCCGGACCAGGGCACGAACCCGUGUCCCCUGCAUCGGCAGGCGGACUCCCAACCACUGUGCCACCAGGGAAGCGCUUUUUUUUCUUUUUAAGUUAAACAAUCUGUGGAACAGUUAAUAUGAUAAAAGUUCCUCUGCCAUUACCUGCCUAGGAAUCAUCUUGAUUAUAGUUGUAUAGUCUCUCUGUUUAUGUAUAGGAAGUUGGGGUUGUUACUUUUGAAGAGCUAAAAAAGCGUUCCUAAAAUAAGUUUAGGUGGGGGCAGUAAGUUUUUAGAAUAUUGACUUCUAAUAUAGUCCUCUAAUAUAGUAAAUCAUAGUAUUUGUAAUUAAAUCCAAUGACCUUUUAAGGGUCUCUUAUGUGAAAAUGUUAUCAAGAAAUACAAAAGAAACAGACUUCCAGGCAAGAAGAGCUCACCUUCCAACUGAGAAGUCUUUGGAAAAAAAAGCUUUCCCACGUCAAUUGGAAUGAUGGAUGGUUGCUCUGUGUUCAACGGCCAAAUAGGAGGGAAUGGCCUGCUAGAGUGCAUGGAAAGGCUGGUUUCCCUUUUAGGAAAUGAAAGUGUUUAUCACAAGAUGGAUGAGAGCACAGGGUUGUUUCCAUGUCUGGGACUUAACCCAAGGACCUGAAGCAGGUCGUGGGUUACUUCACAGACUAGUACCACUAGAGUUGGGGUAAGCUACGUUGAGUCUUUUUUCAAGAAUGAGUCGCUAACGGAUAGUAGUAGCAAAGUCCUCAUUAAAAUGUAUACAACGAGGGACUUCCCUGGCAGUCCGGUGGUUAAGACUUUGUCUUACAAUGCAGGGGGUACAGAUUCAAUCCCUGGAUGGGGAGCUAAGAUCUCACAUGCCUCACAGCCCAAAACCCCAAACAUAAAAAACAGAAGCAAUAUUGUAACAAAUUCAAUAAAGACUAAAAAUGGUCCACAUCAAAAAAAAAA